AAAUUGUGUUAAUGUUGUAUUUAACCUAUUUCACUUCCUUCUAGUAAGAUUCAUAAGUGAUAUAUUUGGCUUUAAGCGUAAGAAUCAGUGCGACAUUUGUAUAUCCAAGAAAAAGAUCAAUGCAUCGAACAUCAAACAUCAUACGUCCACUACCUCGGUAAAAGUUUAUGUGGGGGAAUAAAUAUAUAGUGUAGCUUAAAAGUAUAUAUAGUACAGUAUAUACUACUAACUAAACAAGUCACUAUACUACAUACAUAGUAGUAAUGAUUCCCAUAUCGUACCCAUCACCUCGUGUAUCACAAUUAGAUGCACAUAUAUUGGAUGCAGAACUCAUUACUCUUUUGAAAGAACAACUAACGUCCAUUUUCCAACUUCAUACUACAAGUCGAUUUUCAUAUAAUGAACAUCCGGAAUUAUGGUCAUUAUUAUUAAAUUUAAUUAUAUUUAAACAAACCGUGUGGAAAUCAGGAUCAUCUUAUGGACUCUCUUUACAGAAUUUAAAAUUAUCUGAUUCUCGAACUGGUAAAUUGAUUGGAUUUCCCAAGAGAUACUUAUUGUUAGGAUUAUUGAUAGGAGAUUAUUUAUUCUCAAAAUUACAAACUUAUAUAUAUUCCAAUGAUGAAGUGAGUAAUUCUGGUCAUAGAUAUAAUACAAGUAUACUUGAAAAAUUCAAAAGUUUUAUUAUAAGUCAUCGAAGUACGGUAUUAACCCUGUUAGAUAAAUUAUUCAAAGUAUUGAAUUUAAUAAACUUUAUGCUUUUUUUAAUUAAUGGGAAAUAUCCUUCAUUAAUUCAUAGAAUCUUUGGAAUUACUAUGACACCUAUAGUAUCUGAUUUAUUGAAAUUUAAUGGAAAUAAUGUUAAUUUCGAAUUUCAAAAUAGACAAUUGGUUUGGAAUGUCAUGACGGAAUUCUUAGUAUUUAUAUUACCUUUAUUGCAACUCAGUAAAUUCAAAAGAUUAUUUAAAUCGGCAUUUUCAAAUAAUUAUAUUAAGGAUUCUGAUGGAUCAUCAUCAUCAUCAGGACCAUUUCUUCUACCAUAUGCUAACUUACCACUUUCACAAUGUGCUAUAUGUCAUAAUAAUAAUCAUAAAGCUGAAGCUACUGGUGGUAGAACAUUUAUAUCAGCUGGUACUAUUACUAAUCCAUAUGUAACUAAUUGUGGUCAUGUUUAUUGCUACAUUUGUAUUUCUACUGCUUUUAAUGCUAUAAAAGUAUCAGGAGAAGAAUUAAAGUGUCUUCGUUGUGGUGAAAAGGUGGAAAAUUAUAGAGAAUAUGGAAAUGAUAAUGAAGUUAAUGAUGGCGAUGAAUUUGAUCAAGAUGCCAUUGUAUUUGAAGGUGAGUGGGAAGAGAAUGAAGAAGAAGAAGAAGAUGAUGAUAACGAAGUGGUAUCAUAUGACGUAGAUGACCAUAAGGCAAUGGGAGGGAAGUUAAGUAAAAUUGAUUCAUCUAGAUUGCCAUUAAUUGAAACUGCUAGUGAAGAUGAUGAACAAAGUGAUGGACCUGAAUAUAGUGAAGAAGAAGAUUUCGAUGAAGAUGAAGCAUUAGAUCUAUAAUUAUGUAUAUCGUUUCUAUAGUAUUUAUUGGUAAUGUACAAUAUUUAAUUAGAGUAUGAUGCAAAAUAUAGUUUGAACUAAUUAACUAACUAACUAACUAACUAACUAACUAACUACUUAUUUCAAAAGACU